GCUUCUUUGGCUGUAAAGUCAUUGAUUUCGCGCCGUUGUGUAAUUGUUUACUAACCUAGCUAGCACACAGCUGACUGAACCUUUACAGCUGCCUUUUAUCGACUUUACUAAGUUCAUAGUGUUGUAAUCUCAGCUGGUGGUAGUAAUGGUGAGGAAAGCCUCCAGAAAUGCUGUGAAAUUCAUCCUGACACACAAAUCCCACAAGAGGGCUCAUCAAUAUCAUCAUCAUCAUCAUCAUCACCGGCCCAAUCCCACCAGAACCAUCAUGACCCGCAGCCAGAGUCACACCAGCGGCUGCUUCUUUCACAGGCUCCCCUCAGAGGUCUUUGACAUGAUCCUGGAUAAACUGACUGUGAUGGAGAUCAGUGUGUUCAGCAUGGUGUCCAAGGACAUCACUAGAUACGUUGUGGACUACAUCUCCACCCUGGCCUGGAAGAAUAAAACGAUCAUUCAAAGCUUUCACCGUUCCACCUGCCUUGAGCAGUCAUCCACUAUUGGACACUACAGAGACCUGGGUUUGUUGUUCAAGAGAUGCACCCUGUUGCAUCCAACAAAGGACAGGUUAAAGUUUAUCUUUAGCAAGUUUUCACAGAUUCCCUGCUUCCUGUUGGAGCAGUGUUUGGCACCAGACUGCAUCGGCUUCUCCAGCUACGGAGUCUUCCUCCAGACACUGAUCGCAGGGUGGGAUGAGCUGGAGUGCCACAGAGUGUUCACCUUCCUGUGUGAUCACACAAAUCUGCUGCAGAAAAUAGAGGCAGUCAUCACUGGAAAACCAGGUGUGGGGUGGUACCAAAAGCUGCAGCUCCGUCUAUUCUGCCGUCAGGUGCUGUUGGACCCGUGGCUGAACCAGUCAGAGUGUCACUUCUGGCUAACGCAACUCCUGAAGCCUUGGCCCAUGGUCUGCCAGGCACACCUGCUGUUCAUUCUCUAUGGACCUCUGCUGCCUCAGGGUGCCCUGGGUUGGCAGGAUCUGGUGGAGAGGGGGCUUCCUCUCAGCGCUCUGGGGGACCUGGCCCGGGCCAUCCUCCUGCUUUUCGGCAAAGUAGAAGACAAAGGCCAUACCACCAAUUCACUGCUGGCAAUCUUGGAGGAGCUCAUUGUCAUUCCUCAGCCAUGGCAUGUGGAGAAUGUGGCUCGUCUGUUGGUGCUGUGCGGCAGCAGUCUCUGCUACACCGUUCUAGCCAGCAAGGCCGUCAACGGACGACUUAUCGAGAUCUCUAGACUCAUGGUGUACAUCAUACUGGUGUGUGAGAAGGACGGCUAUCACAUGACGUGGGCGGUGAAAAUGGUGCAGCAGAUCUGCAAGGUGUUCAGCACGGCCCCCGAGAGGUUCUGCUUCAUCCAACAUUUGGAGAGCAUGUUCUCAGUGGUCACCAGGGAGUUCUUUGAGUUUUCUGUAACAGGGAACCAUCUGGAGGACAGGGAGACUUUCCAGACCCUGUGUUUCCUCUUGGACUCCAGCGCUCGCUUCCACACUAAAUUCCUCCACAUGUUCCUCAAAUAGGACUGAUGCAGAUUCAAAGAGGAAGAAACAAACGUCAAUAAUGAAGGGGGUUAACUAAAGAAGUGAACGAAAACAAUAGCAAAACCUGAACGUGGGGGUUGUCAUGGUGGCCAUGAAAAUUCAGAGAAAUCUAAGAUUGAAUUUACAGUUCACUACAUGCUAUUAACAACACAACAUUUGUUGGUUGCAAAGAGAGCUGUUUAAUUAUUUUGACUAAACAGCAUGGGUAUUUAUACAAAUUUUAUAUUUCUCCAAGUUUUACAAUCUUGUUCUACGUAAACAUCUUGCAUGUUCAUGUUUAUAAACAGUAAGUAGCAACAGUAGCAAUAUUUAUUCACAUUAUUUAUUCACAUUGAACCUUUCUGUAAAUAUAGUUGUGAUACAAUGAU